GAAUACCGAAAUUCCGAUACCGAAAUUUUAAAUAACUUACCAAAUCAUAUCCUACCAUACCCACCCCUAAUCAUCACUGUCUAACUCUGAAGCCUCAACAAACCUCUUUCCAAAAUUUUCUCUGUAAAGAAACAGUAAGUUUCUGGAUCUUUUGCUGCUAAACUGUAAGCCUCAAAAUUAUCCGUCACUUUUUCCCGAUGUGAUCAACAGUUUGUUUUCGAAUAUCCCCUUUAAUUUGAACUUGGGACAUACACAAUUUGUUGAUUAUUAUCAGUCAAUUCAAUUUGGAUGCUGCUACACAAUCCCAAUUUUCAUGGUUCCACUGAUUUAUUGACCCAAAUUUUGUAUCCGGGUAUGCUUAAAUUAUCUCCUUUCAUCAUCAAACCCAUAUGAAGAAAAACUAUUCAUUUGGUUCUGGUAGUCCUAAAUCUUUCCAGGCCUAUCCAAGAACCGAUUUCGACUUGGAAUCUGGGACCGUUAAAAGAUCAAGAAAGUCAAAAAGAUCAAAUUAUUUUUACCCAAUCAAGAUGCUUAAAUCAUUGGGAAAAAGAAUUCAUAAUUAUUACAAGCUUUACCCAGCUAGACUGUUUGUGUUUUCCUUGUUAAUUGGGGUUAUUAUUCUCAUUGUAUUAUCUGUUUCCGAAAGUCGAUUUCGUAUGAUGAGCAAUUAUGCAAAAUUUGAUAUGGGUGUUGUUGAUGCAUAUCCGUUUUCUAAGUUUAGGAAUCUUGUUAUGGUUGCUGGACAUUCAGUUUAUACAAGUAGUAGUUGUCAGAAAGUUGAUAAGGAGGAUUCUUGGUUUUUAGAGUCUUAUCAGAAACAUCCUGGUCAAGCUGCAACGUUUGUUGAUCAUAUACGAAAAGGGGUUGAAAUUACAGCUGCUGAUGAUGAUGCAUUGCUCCUAUUUAGUGGUGGUGAGACUAGGAAAGAUGCCGGGCCGAGAAGUGAAGCUCAAAGUUAUUGGACUGUUGCUGAAUCUAAAGGGUGGUUUGGCAAACAAGAAAGUGUAAGAGGGAGGGCACUCACCGAAGAGCAUGCUAGAGACAGUUUUGAGAAUCUUCUCUUUAGUGUUUGUCGGUUCAGGGAGCUUACUGGAACAUAUCCACAGAAUAUAACUGUUGUAGGCUAUGAUUUCAAGGAGAAGAGAUUUAAGCAACUGCAUCGGUCUGCAAUUGGAUUUCCAGAAAAAAGUUUUUUUUACUCAGGGACAUCAUCUUCACAAACAUCGAGAGAAGCAGCUUUAAAAGGAGAAGCACUGGUGAGAACACAGUUUAAAGAAGAUCCUUACGGAUGUAAAGGCUCUCUUCGUCGCAAGAAGCUUGGUCGUGAUCCUUUUCAUCGCUCGGUCCCUUAUCCUAACGGAUGUCCUGAAAUUGAGGGUUUGUUCAGAUAUUGUGGAACAGCUCCAUAUCCAGGUUCCCUACCUUGGGCCUAGUAAAAUUCCAUAGUUCUGAAAAAUUAGAAGAUAGCAAUUGAAAAACCGAUAUCGUAAAAUAUAAAUUCCUUCUUCUAUUACUUCAUAUCUCCUGUUCUUGUACUAGUUAUAUUAGAAUAGCAAGAGGAACUAACUUGUCUGCAAAGUGUAGAGAAAUAAAGGGGCUUGCGUGCUGUCUGGUUUAAAAGAUCUUAUGGAAAUUCCUUGAUGAUUUAAAAAAUGCAGCAUGCUACCGGGCUCAGGUUAAGAAAGCAUAUUGUAUUCCUUAUAAUGAUUAAAAGUUUCUUCACUGCACAGAACAGUGAUUACCUCCA